AUGAGCGUCGAGCUGGACCUCGUCCUCCUCUGGGUCCUUGGGGUGACCUUCUUCUCCUCCCGCGUCGGCCCAGUCCGCAACCUCCACGAUGAGGACCUGCACCUGUGGUUGUUCGCUCCGGUCCUCCUGUCUCUCGGUCUGCGUCUGGCUUCGGCCAUCUACCUCCCACUUUGCGUCGCCUCGAAGAGAGCGUUCGCUGCCCUCCUCGCCGCCCUGCCUUCUCUCCUCGCCGCUGCCGGUCACUCUCUCGCUCGCGAUCUCUCCAACCUGGCCAUUGAGCUCGCCGUCGUGCUUGCCUUCUCUUGGACCAUCUUCGGAGUCACUCCCUGGAUUUGCCGCGUUGAGCUCCGCUCUCCCCCCGCCCUCUGCCCGGAAGAAGCGAAGACUCGAGUCUCGCCACCGGCUUCUCCUCCCGCUGCCCCUCCGGUUUCUCUUCCCGCUUCUCUCCCCGAAUUGCAGAUUUCGACUGCUCUUCCCGGCCCGCAGAUUUCGACUGCUCUCCCCGGCCCACCGAUCGCCACUCCUCUCCCCGUCCUUCCGAUCUCGACUCGUCUUCCUCUCCCGGCACCCGCUCCCACUCCCACACCAAUCUCCAUGCCAACGGCAGCGGUCACCACUGGACCUGCAAGCUGCCCGCGGCUGGAGGAGGUAGUAGAGGAGGAGGUAGAAGCAUCUCUGGCGCCAACUUCCGCAACCGCACCACCAUCUCUGCCGCCCUCUCCCGCCACCGCACCACCAUCGUCGUCGGCCGCCCUCCCGACCACAUCAUCUCCGCCGGCCACCCUCCCAGCCGCAUCAUCUCCGGCACCAGCGCCAACGACCGCGCCAGUCUCCUCGUCGCCAGCACCACCACUGGCCACCAUCAUCAAGAAGAAGGAAGUCCGAGCUCCGCGCCGCCUCCUCUCCGCCCGAUUCCUCCCCAUCGGCUCUCCCGCGCGACGACCGCAAACCUUCCGCCACCGCUCCAUUCAGACGCACAGCCUUCGUGCAGAAUUGAGAGCGGAGCAGUCGGUGAAGGAGGUCCGCCGCGCACCACCCUCUCUCCCGGUGACCGCACUUCCCCCGGCCGCUGAGCCAAUGGCCAGCGAGCCCAUCUCCGAGGAGAUCUCCGAGGAAAUGAACCUGGACGGCGCCAACGAGGAGGAGAACGUGGUGGCAGGGUCGGCGUCGGAGAUGGAAGCAGGUGAGCAGGAGAUGGAUGGUGUGGAGACCUCCUCUUCUCUCCCUGUGGCCCAUUCUCCCGCCGCGCCGGCCGAAGUCGCCGCUCCCACGCCCGCCGCCGCCGCCGUCUCCGCCAUCUCUCGGCAGCAGGAGAUCGAGACUGUGGUGGCGGAGUUCGUGACCGCCUACCAAAUCCUCAAGUAUUUGUUGAGGGAUGAUGUCAUGGGGGAGGUGUACGAAAUUCCCGGGAGGUACGGGUUGUACCUGGGGGAGAAGUUGCCCGAGUGGCAUCAGGUCGCUUCCGCGGUGGCGAGGAUGAGGGAGGUGAAGGGAGAGGCAGAGGCCGGGGGAAUGGGCAGGAUGGCCGAUGUUCAGAAGAAGGCGGCGUUCAUGAGCGAGCAAUUGUGGUUUAUGGGAGGGGAGAACGACGGGUACGACCACUUCGUGGGAGAGUUGGAGUUUUUCGUGGGGGUGAUGGGAGAUCUCUCGGAGAUCGAGGGGCCUCGCAAAUAG